CAAGAAACUACUCAAAUUGAGGUGGGAAGAGAGAUAUUUUGUCGGCUGGCGGAAGGAAGUAUAAGAAUGCUUUCGAGCCCUCUGAUCGACAUGCUCGCUCAAUCAGAUUGUCUCCUCGGCUGAUCAGCAGUUUCAUCUUCGCAACGAUGUUGUCCAAGAUUGCUCUAGCUUCGUCCAUCAUCCCCGUUGCUCUAGCCUGUCUCGGCUACGAGGGGGGUCUCCCCCAGCAUACCGCCCACUACUCGAACAGCUCCCCGAUCGAGAUUGCUGCUGGCGAAACUUUUGAUGCUGGCUGGGCCAAGUAUGACCGUGGUUCUGGCGCAUGCAGUAGCGGCGAGGGUGGAAAUGACGAUGCUGUCUUCAUCCUCCGCUCCGGUGCAACACUGAGGAAUGUUAUCAUUGGAAAAGAUCAGAAAGAGGGUGUCCACUGCGAGGGCCCUUGCACCCUGGAGUUUGUUUGGUUUGAGGACGUCUGCGAGGACGCUAUCACCGUUCGAGGUGACUCCGCUGGACAAGAGUCCUGGAUUAUUGGCGGCGGUGCUUACCACGCCAGCGACAAGGUUGUCCAGCACAAUGGCUGUGGCACCGUGAACAUCAUCAACUUCUACGCCGAAGACUACGGCAAGGUCUACCGCUCCUGCGGUAACUGCGACUCCCAGUGCAAGCGCAAUGUCUACGUUGAGGGCACUACCGCAUACGACGGUGGUGAAGUUGUCGGCAUUAACCUGAACUACGGCGACACCGCUACCUUGAAGAAUGUCUGCACCGACGCCGACCACCCCUGUGUUUUCUACGAUGGCUGCAGCAACGACUGCGAGCCGGAGAAGGUCGGAUACUGCUCUGGUUAAAUGCGUUGGCAAAUCCUUUGUUUGGCCAAUGUGAAGGGACCGGCGGGAAUAUUAUCGAUUGUAUGGAUGCUAGUUUGCCUAGCCUUAACCAAUUCACUUUUUUCUGAAGCGACGGGCAAAAUACCAUCCUAUUUUAUCCAUGAUACGAGGGGAAAUAGCAUCACGUGUGUAAUAGCCGUAAUACUGGGAUCUGUUGGCUGAUGACUGACGAUGAAAUCGCGGGGAAUGCUACAUUGCAUAAGACGUCACGGUGCUGCAUAAAGUUAAUUAUAGGUAUGGAAGGGCGUUUUCAUUGAUAGUCAGCACAAGGGAGCCCAAGAAGACUCGCGUGGGAAGCGUAAUCAAGCCAGGUUCAAUCCUGUUGGUUCGCGUGGCGAGGGAAGAUGAUGUUUCAGGCGCCC